AUGCUUGAAAAGCUUAGUUAAAAAAUAAGUGGUAAUACAACAAUAAAAAGUGAUUCCUGUGAUAUUUGCACAAAGUAAUUUGAUUGGUAAACUUGAAUAUGAUGUUAUUAGGAAAACAAAACAUAAUUAAUGUAAACGAUGUUAUAGAUAUGUUUGUUCAAAUUGCAGUCCAGAUAAAGUGAUAUUAUUUACUUUAGAUGCAAAAACUCCAUAAAGAAUAUGCAAAAGUUGUAAAGAAGAUUAGCAAUAAUAAAAAUAAUAAGUAGAUGUAGAGAAUUGUAAAGUUGGAUAAUUAUCUAACGUAGGCAAAAGAUGGGUAUCAAUCAUUUUUGAUGACAAGUAAUUUUUUAUUAAACUUAGAAUUGAAAUUAAAAAGAUUCAAGAAGAAUAUUAAAAAUAAUUACCUAUUUAUGUUUAAAAUUCUAAUUAUGAAAUUAAAUAGUAAAUUUAAACAAACCUAUUAAGAAUCUUUAAAGAAGUAUAAAAUUAUUAAUCAUUUCUUUUAGAAUAGAUAAGCAUUAAAUUAUUCUUUAGCUGAUUGGCAUUAUCGUUGUUGUGCAAAUGAAUCAGAUAAUAUUCUUGUAUAAAAAAUAAGCAACAUUUUAACAUGCUUUUUCUAAACUAAACCUGUUAGACUUACUAAAGGUUUAGUCUUUUUAACUACUUACAUUUUAUAUUUUUGUGAUGAAUCAGUUGCUUUAAAAGUGUUAUUAUAUUUUCAUGAAAAAGUCUUACCUCCAAGAAUACAAUAUCAUAAAUUAGAUCAAGAUGAAAAUAAACCAGUUUUAGGUGAAAUUGAUUUGUUGUUAGAAAUGGUUAAUGAUCCUAAUAAACUUGAAAAAUAAAUCUAAUCAAAAAUUAAGUUAUUUUUGGAAACCUAUUCAACUUAAAUUUUGACAACUUUCAUGAUAAAUUCAUUUGAAUUUUAUCUUGGCUUUUUCAUUUUUAAUUAAUUAAUCAUCAAUCAUGAUGUAUUUAAAAAUUAUUAACUUAGUUUUAAUUGAAUGAAAAAUUCUUAGCCUUCAUUUGUCGGGAUUAACAAAAAAUUAUCUAAGAAGUACCCAUAGAAGAUUUUAAUCGCAUUAUUCUUAGAAAUAUUUAAUUAGAUAAAUUUACAACUUUCUUAUCUUAAGAAGAUGAAAAAAAAAUUAAAUACAGAAAUUCAAUUGCUCAAAAAGAACAAUAAUUAUUAUAAUAAAAUAAUAAAAUUGAUGAUAAAGAAAUUGAUAAACUUAUUGAAGCUUUAAUUUAAGUAGCUGAUGAAAAUUAAGAUUAAAAAUUAGAAUCUUUGUAAUAAAAAAGUAAAUUUGAUUGGAACAAAACAUAAAUUAAAGAAUUAAUUAAAUCAUUACAAAAUAAAAAUUAUUAACUAAAAAAUUAGACUUAAUAAUUAGAUUAUUUAAAGUAAUAUUAAGAUUAAAAUUUAUUAAAAUAAUAGUAAUAAUAAUCUCAAUAAGAUAAUGGUUUAAAUGAAAUUAAUGAGAAGAAUUAAAUUAUUAAAUAGUUAUAAGAUAAAAUCAAAUCAUAGUAACAAUUGAUAUCUAAUUAUAUUGAAUAAACUAAAUUAUUAGAGGAAACACAUGAAUAAAGCAUGAAAAGUUAAGAAAGAGAGUAUUUAAAAAUGAUUGAAGAAUUGAGAAAUAAUUUAUUAUAAAAAUCUAAUACUUAGAAUUUUUAUGAAGAAAAAUUAAAUAAUCUUCAACAAGAAAUGGAACGAAAAUUAAAAGAGAAAGAUGAUAUCAUUUAUAACAAAGAAAGUAAGCAAGGAAAAGAAAUUGAUCUAAUUUCUGAAUAAUUUGAGAAAAUUAAAAAAGAUUUAGAAAAUAAAAAUCUAGAAUUCUAAAAACUUGAAAUAAAAUAUUAAUAAUAAAUAAAUAAUUUAGAAAAAUAAAUAAGUGAAAUUAAUUUAUAAAAAUAAGAUAUAGAAAAUGAAACAUAAAAAAAGAUUAAUCAGUUAGAAAUCUUAUUAAAUGAAAGAAAUAUAGAAUCAUAGAUGCUAAUCUAAUAAAAAAAAGAAACUUAUGAGUAAUAGAUAUAAUAAUUGACAGAGAAAUAAUAAUUAGAAAUUUAAAAUUAUGAAUAAAAAUUGAAAAUAGAAACUUUAAAAGAACUCCAAUAGAAAGAUGAAAAAAUGAAUAAAGAAUUUGAAUUAAAAGAUUAUGAACAUAAAUAGUAAAUGAAUGAAAUUAGUUCUAAUUUCCAAAAUGAUAUUUAGUAAAAAGAAGAGAUGAUAAAAUAAUAAAGAAUUAAACUACAAGAAUAGGAUAAAUAUUAUUAAUAGAAAAUAAGUGAAUUAAUGGAAAAACAUCAAUAAGAAUUAAAAAAUAAAGAACAAAUAAUCACAUUAUUAAAAUAAGAAACUAAUGAAUACUUUUAUAAAGAAUUAUAAUAAAAAGAAGAGUCUUAUUUGAAAUAACUAGAACAAAAAGAUUAAGAAUUAUAAUAAAAAAUAUAUGAAAUAAAUUAAAAUUUAUCAAAUCAAAUUUAAAUAAAAAAUAAUUAAAUACAAUCAUAAGAAAUUUAACUUUAGGAAUAAGAUAAAAAUUAUUAAUAGAAAAUAAGUGAAUUAUAGGAAAUACAUAAAUAAGAAUUAUUAAAUAAAGAACAAGAAAUUACUUUAUUGAAGUAAGAAUCAAAUGACUGUUAUACUAAAGAAUUAUAAUAAAAAGAAGAAACCUUUUAAAAAUAACUAGAACAAAAAGAUUAAGAAUAAUAAUAAAAAAUAAAUGAAAUUAACUAAAUUAAAUAAUAUGAAAUUUAAUAAAAAGACGAUAUUAUAUUAUAAUAAUAAGACAAAAUUAAAGAAUUAGAUACAAAUUAUUAGUAAUAAAUAAUUGAUUUUUAAUUAAAACAUAAAUAAGAAUUAGAAGGUAAAGAACAAAUGAUAAUACUAUUAAAAUAAGAAUCAAAUGAAUAUUAUUCUAAAGAAUUAUAAUAAAAAGAAGAAUAUUAUUAAAAACAACUAGAGCAGAAAGAUUAAGAACAUUAAUAAAAAAUAAAUGAAAUCAACUAAAUUAAAUAAAAUGAAAUUUAAUUAAAAGAUGAUGUAAUAUUAUAAUAAUAAGAAAAAAUUAAAGAAUUAGAUUCAAAUUAUUAGUAAUAAAUAAUUGAUUUUUAAUUAAAACAUAAAUAAGAACUAGAAAGUAAAGAAAAAAUAAUAACAUUAUUAAAAUAAUAAUCAAAUGAAGAAUUUACAAAGGAGUUAUAAAAUAAAGAAGAAUAUUAUUAAAAAUAACUUGAAUAAUAAGAAUAAGAAUAUGCAUAAUAAAUCAAUGAAGUAAGUGCGAACUUCCGAAAUGAUAUUCAACAAAAAGAUGACCUUAUAAAAUAAUAAAAAAUUAAACUUGAAGAAUAAGAUAAUGAUUAUUAAAAGUAGAUAUAGGAAUUAUCGAAUAAAUAAAAAUAAGAAUUAGAAAAUAAAGAACAAAUCCUAAUAUUAUUGAAAUAAGAAUCUAAUGAAUAUUUUUCUAAGGAAUUAUUAUAAAAAGAAGAAUUCAAUUAAAAAUAACUUGAAUAAAAAGAUUAAGAAUAUUCAUUAAAAAUUAAUGAGAUAAAAUAAAGUUUAUAAAAUGAAAUUUUAUCAAAAGAUGAAAUAAUAUAAUAAUAAUUAAACAAAAUUAAAGAAAUAGAUACAAACUAUUAGUAAUAAAUUUAUGAUUUUUCAGAAUAAUAUAAAUAAGAAUAACAAAAUAGAGAAAAAGAAAUUACUUUCUUGAAAUAAGAAUCAAAUGCAUAAUUUUCUAAAGAAUUAUAAUAAAAAGAAGAGUUCUUUUAAAAAUAACUUGAGCAAAAAGAUUAAGAACAUUAAUAAAAAAUUAAUGAAAUCAACUAAAUUAAAUAAAAUGAAAUUUAAUUAAAAGAUGAUGUAAUAUUAUAAUAAUAAGACAAAAUUAAAGAAUUAGAUUCAAAUUAUUAGUAAUAAAUAAUUGAUUUUUAACAAAAACAUAAAUAAGAAUUAGAAAGUAAAGAACAAAUAAUAACUUUAUUAAAAUAAGAAUCAAAUGAGUAUUAUACUAAGGAAAUAUAAUAAAAAGAAGAAAGCUUUUAAAAAUAACUUGAGCAAAAAGAUUAAGUACAUUAAUAACAAAUAAAUGAAUUAAAUUAAAAUUUAUCAAAUUUAAUUGAGUAAAAAGAUGAUAUAAUAUAAUAAUAAUUAAUUUAAAUCAAAGAACAAGAUACAAAUUAUUAGUAAUAAAUAAUUGAACUGGUGCAAAAACAUAAAUUGUAAUCAGAAAAUUAAGAAUUUGCGUAAGCAUAAUUGAAAUAAGAAUUAAAUGAAUAAUUUUCAAAAGAGCUUAAAGAAAAAGAAGAAUCUUAUUAAAAAUAACUAGAACAAAAAGACUAAGAAUAAUAAUAAAAAAUAUAUGAAAUCAACUAAAAUAAAUAAAAUGAAAUUUAAUAAAAAGAUAAUGUAAUAUUAUAAUAAUAAGACCAAAUUCAAGAAUUAGAUUCAAAAUAUUAGUAAUAAAUAAUUGAUUUUUAAUUAAAACAUAAAUAAGAAUUAGAAAGUAAAGAAGAAAUAAUAACUUUAUUAAAAUAAGAAUCUAAUGAGUAUUAUACUAAGGAAAUAUAAUAAAAAGAAGAAAGCUUUUAAAAAUAACUUGAGCAAAAAGAUUAAGAACAUUAAUAACAAAUAAAUGAAUUAAAUUAAAAUUUAUCAAAUUUAAUUUAGUAAAAAGAUGAUAUAAUAUAAUAAUAAUUAAUUUAAAUCAAAGAACAAGAUACAAAUUAUUAGUAAUAAAUAAUUGAAUUGGUGCAAAAACAUAAAUUGUAAUCAGAAAAUUAAGAAUUUGCGUAAGCAUAAUUGAAAUAAGAAUUAAAUGAAUAAUUUUCAAAAGAGCUUAAAGAAAAAGAAGAAUCUUAUUAAAAAUAACUAGAACAAAAAGACUAAGAAUAAUAAUAAAAAAUAUAUGAAUUCAACUAAAAUAAAUAAAAUGAAAUUUAAUAAAAAGAUAAUGUAAUAUUAUAAUAAUAAGACCAAAUUCAAGAAUUAGAUUCAAAAUAUUAGUAAUAAAUAAUUGAUUUUUAAUUAAAACAUAAAUAAGAACUAGAAAGUAAAGAAAAAAUAAUAACAUUAUUAAAAUAAGAAUCAAAUGAAUAAUUUACAAAUGAAUUAUAAAAUAAAGAAGAGUAUUAUCAAAAAUAACUUGAAAAAUAAGAAUAAGAAUUUGCAUAAUAAACAAAUGACGUAAGUUCUAAUUUCCAAAAUGAAAUUCAAUAAAAAGAUGAUUUUAUUAAACAAUAAUAAAUUAAACUUGAAGAAUAAGAUAUUAAUUAUUAAAAGUAGAUAGAGGAAUUAUCGAAAAAAUAUAGAUCAGAAUUAGAAAGUAAAGAAUAAAUGAUAGCAUUAUUAAAAUAAGAAUCAAAUGAAUAAUUUUUAAAAGAAUUAUAAUAAAAAGAAGAAUAUUAUUAAAAACUACUAGAACAAAAAGACUAUGAACAUUAAUAAAUAAUAAAUGAAAUCAACUAAAUUAAAUAAAAUGAAAUUUAAUAAAAAGAUGAUGUAAUAUUAUAAUAAUAAGACAAAAUUAAAGAAUUAGAUUCAAAAUAUUAGUAAUAAAUAAUUGAUUUUUAACAAAAACAUAAAUAAGAAUUAUUAAAUAAAGAACAAGAAAUUACUUAAUUGAAGUAAGAAUCAAAUGAGUAUUAUACUAAUGAAUUUUAAUAAAAAGAAGAAUCUUAUAAAUAAUAACUUGAGAAUAGAGAGAAAGAUUAUGUAGAAUAAUUAAAUAUAUUAAAAUCGAAUUUCUAAAAUUAAACACAAUCAUAUGAUGAAAAUGUUGUAAUUUUAAAUUAAAAAAACGCUUAAUUGAUUGAUCAAAUUACUGAAAUAUCUAAAAAUUAUGAUUAGUAAUUAUUGUAAAAAGAUGAUGAAUAUAAAAAAAUUAUACUUGAAAUUAGUGAAAAUCAUUUAAAUUUACUCUAAAAUCAUAAUUAAACAGUUUAAAAUGAUAAAUCAUAAUAUGAAUCAAAAAUGAAUUAAUUAUAAGAGGAGUAUAAUCUAACCUUAUAACAAAGAGAAGAAUAAAUACUAAAUUUGUCUCUUUUGAAUUAAUAAUUAUAGUAAAAAAUAUCUACUGAAUUAGAUGAUCAAUAUUUGUAUAUUUCAAAGCAGCAUAAUAAUGAAUAAACUUAAAUAGAUGAAUUUUAAAAAAAUUAGAGUGAUGAACUUUAAAAUGAUUGCAAUGCUCUAUAAUAAAACUAAAUUUAACAAUAGUAUGAAGAAACUAUUUAAUCUUUAAUUAAUUAAUAAAAUUAAUAAUUAUAACAGUUUAAAUAAAAAGAUGAUGAAUAUAACAAAAUUAUUGAAUCGCUGAAACAAACACAUCAAACAUAAUAGUAAGAAAGAGAGAUAAUAUAUUUAACAGAAUUAGAGACAUUAUAGAAAUAGUGUUAGGAAGAAAAAGAACAAUCUUAAAUAUAAUUUACAAAUGUUCUAAAUGAUUAAGAAGAAAAAUACAAAAAAGAAAUUUAUGAACUUUUAGCAACAAUAUCUCAUUUAAGAUUUGAAAUAUAAGAAAUUGAAGGCAAAUUGUUAAAUUAAAAUUCUCAAUUAUUUUCUUAGGAAACAAUACUAAAAUAAAAAAUUUAACUUGAUUUUGAAAAGUAAUUUAAAAAAUUGGAUUCGGAAAAAGAUGAAAUAGUUUCUAAUUUUGAAAAAUUAAGAAGUUUAUAUAAUUAGAGUAUUUUGUUGAACUAAGAAAAAGAUGAAGAAAUUUUGUAAUAAAAAUAAUAUAUUAAAGAUUUAAGAUAAAAUGUUGAAUAAUUAAAUUAAAUGUUAGCUGAAUAAAAUUAAUAAACAGAAACCCUCAAGCAACAUAUAAUUAAUUUAAAUAAUUAAAUAUAAGGGCUUAAAAGGAAAAACUUUGAUUAAUCUAAUAAUUUAAUUUAAAACUCAGCGAAAGAACUUUAAGAAAACAUUUUACAAUUGAGAAAUUAAAUUGUACUAAAAGAUAGUGAAAUUUAUUCUUUAAAACUACAAUUUAUUGAUGCUAAUUCUUAAAGGCUAAAUUAUUUUAAUUAAGUAUAGAAUUAAGUAAAAGAAAUGUAAUAAAUGUCUGAGAAAUUAUAAACAUAUGAUCAAAGUGAUUUAUAAAAAUUAACUUCAUAUUAUGAAGAAAAAAUAUAAUUAUUAGAUAAAUCUUAUGAAGAAUAGAUGAAUAGAUUAUUUUAAUAACUAAAAUAAAACUAAGAUAAGGAAUAAAAUUAAUAACCUCAAUCAAAUUAAAUAGUUUAAAAAGGAAACACUUAAUAAAUUAAUUAACCUUAAUAGAAAGAAAAAAUUACAAAAAAUGUUUAAAUGCUUGAAAUCUAAUAGGAAAUAAGAAAUGAAUAAACAGAGGAUUGUACAAUUUUUUGA